GAUACUUGCCAGUUUUGUUUUGGAACUGUUGCACUUUUUACAAUUUUCGAAAUUAAAUAUAUAAAAACACGCCCAAUAUGAUUGGAACCAAGAAAAAAACCAAAAAGGCGAAUGUGUUCAAGGAAAUAGCGGACAACUUCGAGCUGCUGACCAAGAAUCCAGAGCGUUUUCUCAAGCCACAGCCGGAGAAGAUUGCUGCCAUCGAGCAGCUCAUACAGCAAACCUACAGCGUAAGCAUUAGCGGAGAUGUGGAGAAUAAAAAGGACUUGCUGCCCGAGCUGGUGCUGGAGCAGAUGGACGAGGAACAGAUCUGGCAGCAGCUGGAAAUGCGCAACGAACUGGUGUUCCCGCAACUGCUGGAGAAGACUGCCAAGCUGAUGGCCAUGAAGGAGAAGCACUUGGGCAUCGAGUUGGACGAAGACGACGACGAUGAGGAUGAGGAUGAGGGCGAAGCGCAUCCAGCGGCGUCAUCUGAUGAGGAGGCGCCUGCUCAGGAAGCUCCAGACUCAGAUUUUGAUGUUUCUGGCAGCGAUGCCGAGGACCUGCCCACGAAAUCCAAACCCAAAUCAGUCAAAACAAAGAAAAGCGGAAAGCGGAUCCGAAACUCUGUGGUGGAUGACACAUUCUUCAAGCUGGACGAGAUGAAGGAGUUUCUGGAACAGGAAGACGCCAAGGAGAUGCGAAAGCAAAAAUCUAAGCAGCGCGUCGAAGAGGACGCGGAUGCCAUCGACUACUAUGCAGAUGAUUUUGGUGUGGGCGAGGAAGAAGAUGAGGAUGAUGUCAAUGUGAAUUAUGCGGACUUUUUCGAAGUAGACGAGGAACUGGAGCGGGAGGCGCAAAAGUUAAACAAAAAGAACAAAGGCAAGCAGAGGGAUUACUUCAAUGAAAACGAAGAUGAGGCAGAGGAGGAAUCAGAGGAUGGGACUGUAGAUGAUAUUGAAGAUGAAGGAGAGCAUGAGGAUGCCGCUGAAGCAAAUGAAGACCCAGAGAAUGCUCCCAGUGAAAUCGAUGAAUCCGAAUUCGUGGCUAAAAGUGGCAUAGAACCCGCCAGUGAUUCUGACUCUGGCUCCGACAAGGCAGAUAAUGAUGAUGACCAAGAAGAGGCCACACCAGCCGUCCAGUCAUCAAAUGAGCUGCGUGAGGCUCGUCUGUUCCAGCGUAUACGCGACUAUGAGGACAUUGUGCUCGGCGAGAAGCCCUGGCAGUUGAAGGGUGAGGUCCAAGCGGCCAAUCGUCCACAGAACUCACUGCUCGAGGAGAUUCUAGACUUUGAAUCCACCACACGACCCACGGCACCUCUGACAGAAGAAGAUAAUCGCUCCAUCGAGGAUAUCAUACUGCAGCGUAUUCGCGACAAGGCCUGGGAUGAUGUGGUCCGCACCGUGCGUGUGGAUAACACGCCGCAGGAGUACCGUAAACAGCUGGUGCUCGACCAGGAGAAGUCCAAGCAAUCCCUGGCCCAAAUCUACGAGAAGCAAUAUCAACAGGAGCUGGAGAAACUCGAUCCCAACAAGGAUGCCGACGAAAAUGCCGGACCGGAGCCCAAGGAGCAUCAGGAGAUCAAGCGAAUGAUGCGCACGCUGUUCCUCAAGCUCGAUGCCCUCUCCAACUUCCAUUUUACACCAAAACCAGUGGCGCCCGAGGUAAGGAUUGUCACCAACACGCCGGCGGUGCACAUGGAAGAGGUUGCGCCCGUCGCCGUCAGCGAUGCCAAGCUGCUGGCCCCCGAAGAGGUAUUCCGCGGACCCAAGCACGCCCCUCUGGGCAAGACGGAGCGCACACGCACCGACAAGAAUCGCGAGCGCCGCAAGAAGAAGCAAAAGCAGCGGGCCAUCAAUGCAGUGCUCGAAACGCGCGACCUGCAGCGCGCCAAGGAGGGAAAGGCGCCCACGAAACGCGAGGCGGAUGCCAAGCUCCUAAAGACCAUCACCAAGAGUCGCAAUGUACAAAAGAUAACCGCCAGCACCAGCGAUCAGAGCGCUCUCAAAUCCUCCAAGGCAUUCUUCAACAAGCUGCAGGACACGACAGCCUCGGCGGCAAGCGGCGCUGGGAGCAAACGUGCCAAAAAGGAUCCGGCCAAAGCGAAUGCCAAAAAACUCAAGCUCUAAUUUUGUACAUUUUAAGACUUUUUCUUUUCCAAUUGUCAAUGGCAUUUGCCUGUGACGUCAGCGGGCAAACCAUGUCCUCCAGUCACGUGCCAGCAAAUGCCCAAUUCACACACCACGCACGCCCACAUGCUCACCACCCCCCCUCCCAGGG